UGUGUCUUUGCUCAGGCUGAAAUCCUCAGUGUCCUCAGCCAUCGUAACAUCAUUCAGUUUUAUGGUGCAAUAGUUGAACCUCCCAACUAUGGAAUCGUUACUGAGUAUGCAAGCGGUGGUUCGUUGUAUGAUUAUCUGUCCAGUGAUGAGAGCGAGGACAUAGACAUGGGACAAAUCAUGACAUGGGCUGCAGACAUUGCCAGAGGGAUGCACUACUUACAUUCAGAGGCACCAGUAAAGGUGAUUCACAGGGACCUGAAGUCCAGGAAUGUUGUUUUAUCAGCGGAAAAAGUUCUCAAGAUUUGUGAUUUUGGUGCAUCGAAGUUCUUGACCCACACAACACACAUGUCCUUGGUUGGCACGUUUCCCUGGAUGGCUCCAGAAGUGAUCCAGAGCCUGCCUGUGUCUGAGACUUGUGACACGUUUUCCUUUGGUGUGGUGCUUUGGGAGAUGCUUACUCGUGAGAUUCCCUUCAAAGGCUUGGAAGGUUUACAAGUGGCUUGGCUUGUGGUGGAGAAAAAUGAGAGGUUAACCAUUCCUAGUGCCUGUCCUGACAGCUUCGCUAAGCUCAUGAGAAGCUGCUGGGCGACAGAGCCAAAAGCAAGGCCGAUAUUCAAACAGAUCAUCUAUACUUUGGAGUCCAUGUCUAAUGACAGCCAACUUCCUCAACAGUGCAACACUUUCCUUCACAACAAGGCUGAAUGGAGGUGUGAGAUUGAAGCUACACUUGAGAGACUUAAGAAACUGGAGCGAGACCUGAGCACUAAAGAACAGGAGCUGAAGGAGCGAGAGCGGCGGCUGAAGAUGUGGGAGCGCAAACUCAUUGAACAGUCCAACAGCCCGCUGCUGCCCACCCUUGACAUCUUUGGCUGGACUGAGGAGCAUGUGUAUUUCUGGAUGCAGCAAAUCUUUUGUGCAGAGGAAGGGAAGUGUGACAUGCAGCUAUACGCUGACCUGUUCAAAGAAAAUCACAUUACUGGAAAGAGGUUGCUGCUGCUCACAGAAAACGACAUGCGGGACAUGGGGGUCAAGUCCAAAGGUCAUAUCAUACACCUUAAGGAGGAAAUCGAAAAGCUGACUCAUGACUACCUUGGAUUCGUCCACUUUCCACCACUAUUUAAGGAUGAGCUGGAAAAGGAGGUGUUUAAAAAUAAAACUGUAAACCUGGAGCUGGUGUUCGGAUAUCACUGGAGAUCAGGAACUGGUCCAUCUGACUGCAAAUGGAAAAUGUACAUGGAACUUGAUGGAGAUGACGUCGCAGUCACCUACAUCAAAGACGUGAUCUUUAAUGCCAACCAACAGGAUGUGGAAGUCCUGCGGAUGACUAAGCCACCGUUUGUGAUGGACAAAUGGAUUGUUGGAAUAAAACAAAACCAGAAAGUGGACUACAUAGUCAAUUACGAAAGUGAUGUCAAGUCACCAAGGUGUACCCGACACAGCUGCCCGGUGACAUGGAGUCUCAGUGGUGGACAAGACGAAAUAAAGAACGUGGAGCUGGUUAUCGAGAGAGCACCAGUUAACAUCGAUUGGAACCUCAAGGACAAGUCAUGCUCUGAUAUUGAUCCUGCGUGGAUGCACGACGUCAGGUUAAAGCAGAUGAUGGCCCACAAAUCCCCGACGCGGGCUCCUCCUCAGACUGCCUUCACCAGCUCUGAAGCUCGAACACUGCCUCAGUUUCUGUCUGCACACGAACGCCACGAGUUCUCUUAUGCUGCAGCUGUGCGUCGCUCUCCAAACCACCUCCAUGUGUCUCCCUGGAAUGACUCACGCAGCAGCUCGCCAACUGCGGGCAUGUCGUCCAAACUGUCACAGCUCCAUUUAGGUUCAAAGGGCAGCAGUCCCUCAAGCACCACGUCAGAAAGCGCCUCAGAAAGGGACCGAGAGCGCCCGCACAGUGCUAGUGCACUGCAUGACCAUCGCAGAAACUGCUACUUUGGCAACACAUCAACUGUGGGAGUGGGACAAGGAAGGGGGCAAGCAUGGACCAAUAGCAGAGGUUAUGCUCAUAAUAAAACCAGCAAAACCCCCCGACAGCCAGGGAGGCCACGCUCCAACAGUUACGGCGCUACAUCCAUGAUUCCAGGUAUAUUGUCUGUGACAGGAAACCCCAGUGAGGAUAAAGAAGGGGCCAAAGCCAGCGACGGAGGGUGGAUCAAAGUGGAGCGGCAGAAAAGAUUACCACGUCAGGACAAUAAACAAGCCAGAGGUCGACAGAGGAGAGGUGGCAGGGGAGGGCGUGGUGCUGGUGGGAGAACUUAAUGUGGGUCACACGUGUACUGACACCUUCUUGUUCGCUAAACAUGUCAUGCACUGAAAUGUUUUUGCCUAUGAAUUCAUACAUGCUCAUACUGAUCAAACUGAGGCUUAUGAUAUACAUAAGUUGCUCUUUUAUGGUUAAUAUAAUGAGCUUCAUUUUAAGUCAAGUUUCUUACAUGUAACUACAUAAAGUGUUUUAAUACCUCGACACAAGGAUAAAUAAAAUUUUCCUUCUCAUUUUGACCAAA